CCGUCCUGGCAGCCCCGCGGGGCCGCGCUCCGCCGUUUGGCUUCAGCCUGCGCGGGCGUCCGCUCUUUCCUGGACUCGCCCAGGCCCCGCCGGCGCCCCCGGGAACGCCUGGACUGGACAGGCCGGCCCCCAUCCGAGCUCCGCGUUCCGAACGCGCGUGUUGUCGUGGCCAGGCUCCCACCGCCGCCUCGGGCCUCGCCGGGAAGCCGGUGAAAAUGCCUCGUGUAAAAGCAGCUCAAGCUGGAAGACAGGGCCCUGCAAAGAGACAUCUUGCAGAACAAUUUGCAGUUGGGGAGAUAAUAACUGACAUGGCAAAAAAGGAAUGGAAAGUAGGAUUACCCGUUGGCCAAGGAGGUUUUGGCUGUAUAUAUCUUGCUGAUAUGAAUUCUUCGGGGUCAGUUGGAAGUGAUGCACCUUGUGUUGUAAAAGUGGAACCCAGUGACAAUGGACCUCUUUUUACUGAAUUAAAGUUCUACCAACGAGCUGCAAAACCAGAGCAAAUUCAGAAAUGGAUUCGUACCCAUAAGCUGAAGUACCUGGGUGUUCCUAAGUAUUGGGGGUCUGGUCUACAUGACAAAAAUGGAAAAAGUUACAGGUUUAUGAUAAUGGAUCGCUUUGGGAGUGACCUUCAGAAAAUAUACGAAGCGAAUGCCAAAAGGUUUUCUCGGAAAACUGUCUUGCAGCUAAGCUUAAGAAUUCUGGAUAUUCUGGAAUAUAUUCAUGAGCAUGAGUAUGUGCAUGGAGAUAUCAAGGCCUCAAAUCUUCUUCUGAGCUACAAGAAUCCUGACCAGGUGUACUUGGUAGAUUAUGGCCUUGCUUAUCGGUACUGCCCAGAAGGAGUUCAUAAAGAAUACAAAGAAGACCCCAAAAGAUGUCAUGAUGGCACUAUUGAAUUCACGAGCAUCGAUGCACACAACGGCGUGGCCCCAUCAAGACGUGGUGAUUUGGAAAUACUUGGUUAUUGCAUGAUCCAAUGGCUUACUGGCCAUCUUCCUUGGGAGGAUAAUUUGAAAGAUCCUAGAUAUGUUAGAGAUUCCAAAAUUAGAUAUAGAGAAAAUAUUGCAAGUUUGAUGGACAAAUGUUUUCCUGAGAAAAACAAACCAGGUGAAAUUGCGAAAUACAUGGAAACAGUGAAAUUACUAGACUACACUGAAAAACCUCUUUAUCAAAAUUUGCGCGAUAUUCUUUUGCAAGGACUAAAAGCUAUAGGAAGUAAGGACGAUGGCAAAUUGGACCUCAGUGUUGUGGAGAAUGGAGGCUUGAAAGCAAAAACAGUAACAAAGAAGCGAAAGAAAGAAAUUGAAGAAAGCAAGGAAUCUGAUGUUGAAGAUAUGGAAUGCUCAAAUACACAGACAGAGGAGCCCAUACAGACCCGUUCAAGAACCAGAAAGAGAGUCCAGAAGUAAUUCAGAUGCUGUGAACCAGCUUCUCUUUUCUUUGCUUUCUUUGACAUUUUUCUCCUUUUCUAUUUGAAAGUGUUUUAUUUUCAUGUGAGUCUUGCAAAGUGGAAGUAAUAAUUAAAUACCCAUGUGUUUGGAAAACAUAAACUUUUUUAUAAAAAUAAAUAUUUUGUACAAUUUAUUAAAGGCUAAUUUAUGACAUUUCAAAAUCUUCAGGUUUUACUCCUUAAGUUAUUCCAAAGCCAUAUGUUUUUGAUGUUUUGGAGUACAUAUAUAAGAAAAUUACUAUGACAUGCACUUUUCUAAUCAUUGUACAUUUCUCAGAGUGGAUAAAAAUGUUUGACAAAGUCCUCACUUUUAAGGAAAUGCAAAGCUUAAAAUAAAAAUCUCUUUUGUUUGAUACAAAUGCAC